AUGCAGCAGAAGAGCAAAUUGUUUCUCCAAGCUUUGAAGUAUAGUAUUCCUCACCUUGGGAAAUGCAUGCAGAAACAGCACUUGAAUCACUGUAACUUCGCUGGUCAUUAUUACAGUAGAAUAAAGUUGAAAAAAUAUCACCUAACCAAGUGUCUGCAGAAUAAGCCCAAGAUAUCAGAGUUAGCAAGAAACAUCCCAAGUCGGAGCUUCUCAUCUAAGGAUAGUCUGCCUACUAAACAAGGAAACGAAAAACCCCUUACAGAAAACAUGGAUGCUUUUGAAAAAGUGAGAACAAGAUUAGAAACACAGCCACAAGAAGAAUACGAAAUCAUCAAUGCAGAGAUUAAACAUGGAGGUUUUGUUUACUACCAAGAAGGUUGCUGCUUGGUGCGUUCAAAAGAUGAAGAAGCAGACAGUGAUAAUUACGAGGUUUUGUUCAAUUUGGAGGAACUUAAAUUAGACCAGCCUUUCAUUGAUUGUAUCAGAGUUGCUCCUGAUGAGAAAUAUGUAGCUGCCAAGAUAAGAACGGAAGAUUCUGAAGCAUCUACCUGUAUAGUUGUGAAGCUCAGUGAUCAGCCUGUCAUGGUAGCUUCUUUUCCCAAUGUGUCCAGUUUUGAAUGGGUAAAGGAUGAAGAAUAUGAGGAUGUUUUAUUCUAUACCUUCCAAAGGAAUCUUCGCUGUCAUGAUGUGUAUCGAGCCACUUUUGGUGAAAACAAACGUAAUGAACGUUUUUACACAGAAAAGGAUCCAAGCUUUUUUGUUUACCUUUAUCUUACAAAAGAUAGUCGUUUCCUCACCAUGAAUAUCAUGAGCAAGACCACUUCUGAAGUGUGGUUGAUAGAUGGCCUAAGUCCUUGGGAUCCACCUGUACUUAUCCAGAAGCGAAUACAUGGGGUCCUUUACUACGUUGAACACAGAGAUGAUGAACUAUACAUUCUCACUAAUGUUGGCGAGCCUACAGAAUUCAAGCUAAUGAGAACAGCAGCUGAUACGCCUGCAAUAAUGAAUUGGGACUUAUUUUUCACAAUGAAGAGAAAUACCAAAGUCAUAGACUUGGACAUGUUUAAGGAUCACUGUGUUCUCUUCCUGAAGCACAGCAAUCUGCUCUAUGUUAAUGUGAUUGGUCUGGCUGAUGACUCAGUUCGGUCUCUGAAGCUCCCUCCUUGGGCCUGUGGAUUCAUAAUGGAUACAAAUUCAGACCCAAAGAACUGUCCCUUUCAGCUUUGCUCUCCAAUACGUCCUCCAAAAUAUUACAUAUAUAAGUUCGCAGAAGGCAAACUGUUUGAGGAAACUGGACAUGAAGACCCAAUCACAAAGACUAGUCGUGUUUUACGUGUAGAAGCCAAAAGCAAGGAUGGAAGAUUAGUGCCAAUGACUAUCUUCCACAAAACUGAUUCUGAGGACUUGCAGAAAAAACCUCUCCUGGUCCAUGUGUAUGGAGCUUAUGGCAUGGACUUGAAAAUGAAUUUCAGGCCUGAAAGGAGGGCGCUGGUGGAUGAUGGAUGGAUAUUAGCAUAUUGCCAUGUUCGGGGUGGUGGUGAGUUAGGCCUCCACUGGCACACUGAUGGCCGGCUAACUAAAAAACUCAAUGGCCUUGCUGACUUAGAGGCUUGCAUUAAGACGCUUCAUGACCAAGGCUUUUCUCAGCCAAGUCUAACAACCCUGACUGCUUUCAGUGCUGGAGGGGUGCUUGUGGGAGCGUUGUGUAACUCUAAGCCAGAGCUCCUGAGAGCUGUGACUAUGGAGGCACCUUUCUUGGAUGUUCUCAACACCAUGAUGGAUACUACACUUCCUCUGACAUUAGAAGAAUUAGAAGAAUGGGGGAAUCCUUCAUCUGAUCAAAAACACAGGAGCUACAUAAAAAGUUACUGCCCCUAUCAAAAUAUUAAACCUCAGCAUUAUCCUUCAGUUCACAUCACAGCUUAUGAAAAUGAUGAACGGGUACCUCUGAAAGGAAUUGUAAACUACACUGAGAAACUCAAAGAAGCUGUUACGAAGUACGCUAAGGACAAUGGUGAAGGCUAUCAGGCCCCCAAUAUUAUUUUAGACAUUCAGCCUGGAGGCAAUCAUGUGAUUGAGGAUUCUCACAAAAAGAUUACAGCCCAGAUUAAAUUCCUGUAUGAGGAACUUGGACUUGACAGCACUGGUGUUUUCGAGACUCUUAAGAAAUAUGUAAGAUUCUGA